CAACAACAUUCGCGUUUGGUCAGCUGACUGGUAACGUAUGUACAAAUGCUGCGGAUGUUUUGCAAAUGAUAAAAUCACUGAAUCCAUAAAUAUUUUGUGAAAGAUUUCGUCUUUAUCAGGUUAUUGAUUAUGGUCUUUGUCUUUUAAAAAUGCCACCACUAAAGGAUAUUGCCGUGUUUAAGGUUACUCUGCUCUAAGCAGAGACUAUGUUGAGACUGCCUGGGUUUGUACGCAGGGCUCUCUGUGACGCCGCAAAAGAGAUGGGCAAGAAAGGAAACUUUUUCUACGCUGUGAGGAAAGGAUUUAGACCAGGAGUAUAUCAAACAUGGGAGCAAUGUAAACAUCAGGUGGAUAAGUUUCCCUCAGCGGUUUUUAAGAAGUUCGCUUCUGAACAGGAUGCUUGGGCCUUUGUGAGGAGCCAGUCAGCAGCACCAUCUUUUGGGAGAACAAAAGGAUGUGACUAUGAGGUCCUGCCUUCUAGAAAUGUGCCUGAUUCCUCAAUGGCUGUUCCCCUUGGAAGUAAAAGGACCCAUGAGGUCUCUGAUGAGGGACCAUCCUAUCCAAAACGAGUGAAAUUCACUGAGGUCCCACAGCCAAAGACAGCUGCAGCCAGUAGUGAUGGAUUUACAUAUAUGGGUGAUGCUGUAGUAGUAUACACUGAUGGCUGCUGCUCAGCCAAUGGGAAAAAAGGAGCCCGUGCUGGAAUAGGUGUAUAUUGGGGUCGUGAUCAUCCACUUAAUGUGGCUGAGAGGCUUCCAGGAAGACAGACCAACCAAAGAGCAGAAUUGCAGGCGGCUUGCAAGGCACUCGAGCAAGCCAGAGAAAAUAAUUUUAAAAAAGUUGUGAUAUACACAGACAGCAAGUUCACAAUUAAUGGCAUUACAAGUUGGAUAAAGACUUGGAAGUCUAAUGGCUGGAGGCUUAAAGGUGGCGGGGUCAUAGUCAACAAGGAAGACUUUCAAAAGCUGGAUAAACUAAAUGCAGAACUUGAGGUCGUAUGGAUGCACAUUCCAGGUCAUGCUGGGUAUACAGGCAAUGAGGAAGCAGACAGACUGUCCAGGGAGGGAGCGGCAAAGCCCCCAUGUUAGCCCACUCUUAUCACGUUAAUUUUAUAAUAAUCCAUUGUUUUAGGUGCCUAGGACGAGGUUGUAGUUUGUUUAUCCUCAAUGAUUAAUGCACUUUCUUAUUUUGAUGCUGCAAACAACACUUGAAACAAGUUUUCUUCUUUUGUGAAGAGCGAUGCUUGUCUAAAUGUUUGUUUUUGAUUGUUCUGUCAAUUAAAUUGUCAUAUAUAUUGUUA